GUCUGGUCUGGCUCGCUCGCAGCACUAUCGUGCCGUCAGCCCUCUCUCACACGACACCUCUUCUUAGCUCCCUGCCUCACCAUACCAACCAUCGACUUAGGCCUGCCGCCGUACUGGUACUCGACGGACAGCAGGACACUGUCGAGUGUCGGGAAGGCUGAAAACGCCUCAACCACACACUCAGCGAACGAGCCGCAACACGUGCGCAGCUCGCGGGCGCUGGCAUAUGUAAUCUUGAUGCACACCUCGAGUGAUGAAACACGGCCAUUCUCCAUGACCUCCCUGACUGCCUCGCUCUCCCCGUUCCCGUACAUUUCCCAACCGAUAGAAAUGUCAGCACGUUCCUCUCUGUCUAAGUCAUAGUUGUAGCGCCAGCCGUCACAUGUGAUAUCAUACUUCAGCUGGACUGCUAACUCCUUGCCUUCGCUUGACACGGACUCGAGGCCAUCAGGCACGAGAGUGCAUGUGGCCUCAGGGUCCGCGCAGACAGACAACUCAAAACACACCUUCUCUAGGUAGGGGGAGAGGGCAUGCAGCACAUAGCCCGCCCCACGCCCAGACGCACCCACGCCCACUGGCAGCGCCCCCUCCCUCACCACAAUAGACGAGACGCUCGGGAAGAGCGAUGUGGGGUCGUCCGUGAUGUAUGAGGGCAGCAGGCCGGUGCCGGGGUAACGCACGAUGGUGAGCUCGUGGGCAUGCUCAAACACCAUCGAAUCCAGCCCGGGGGCCUCUUUGAUGGUGUCGGCGGACGCAUGGCUGUCGAGGGUCACCUUCUCGGCCUGCUUGCAGCACAU